AUGAUUCAGAGUGAAAGUGACUCUGACACUACGGAAAAUGACAGUUCAGUACAAUCCAGUGAGGCCUCUUUAAGAAAUAUCGGUGGUAUUCCAGCAAGACCCACCCUUAACGUUUUAUCAGAUAAUGAAAUAUCUCACUCAUUCUUACUUCAAAAUAGAUUGCAUGACGUUAAUAGAAGAUUGUCACAGUUGGGACUAGUGAGUGAAGACGAUAGUGACGAUAAUAAGCACAGCCCUUACAUGCGAAGUUCACAAUAUAUACGGAAGGUGACUCCUAAAGAAGCAGUUCCACAGUCUCAAUACAAAAGAGUCGAACAAGUGUCUAAGAUUCAGAUUAAAUUUCAGCCUAUUGGCUCUAUUCCGUCAUUAAGACCAUCUAUAUGUAAGAUUUCUUACAAUCAAUCCUUUUCCAUGGUUAUCAUGUUCUUGAAAAAGAAGUUGAACGUCGAAAAUGUUUAUUGCUAUGUGAAUAGCUCAUUUGCUCCAAGUCCCCAGCAGAUUGUUGGCGACCUCUGGACUCAAUUUAAAGUGAACAACGAAUUGAUCGUUAACUAUUGUGCGUCAGUAGCCUUCGGUUAA